UCAAAACACAGAAGCAGCGCUUUUAUUUUGUCCUGCGAAUCAACUGUGGACUCACAAAUAUGCAGCUGUGUCCUCAGCUCGGCGGGAGAAGAGGCGAACCUUAGAAAUCAACUUCAGACCAGUUCAACUCCAGCCCAGAGAGGAGGAAAGAAACACUUGCUGUGGAUCCCCUGAUCGCUGCUCGCCUCAUUUUCUUCUUCAUUUUCCAAACCUCUGUGACACUUCAGACAGUCCUCAUGGAGGCCAGAGCAAAGUUUGACUUUGUUGCAACAGCAGACGACGAGCUCAGCUUUAGAAAGGGCGAUAUGCUUAAGCUUUUAAGCUCACAAGAUGAUUGGUAUAAAGCAGAGAUGAACGGAGAGGAAGGAUUUGUACCACAAAACUACAUUGAUAAGCAGCCUCCAAGAUGGUUCCAGGAGAACGCCAGUCGUAACGCAGCAGAGGAUAUCCUGAAGCACAAAGACGUCGGAGACUUUGUGAUUCGAGGAUCCCAGAGCUCCCCAGGAGACUUCUCCAUCUCUGUCAAACACGAGAGUGACGUUCAGCAUUUCAAAGUGUUGAGAGACAACAAAGGCCAGUACUUCCUGUGGUCAGAGAAGUUCACCUCCCUUGACAGGCUGGUGGAGUUCUACAAGAACACGUCUAUCUCUAAGACCAGGGAGAUCUACCUCUAUGACGGCAGUUCGGCCAAUAAGAACGCCUCCUUGGCCCAGCCGGCAAAGAGGGGAAGUUUGCCUGAACAAAAUCACUCUGCUGCAGCGAGUGCUACAACACAACGCCGAGCAUCAGACCAGCCUCACAACCAGCUGGUUACGAGAGUGGGUCUGGAGGAACGUGCUCACACCAUCGGUUACUCAGGAAGAAACAGCCCCGUCAGCUCAGCUCAUCCUCCCCGUCGUACAUCUGAAACCUUGCCUCUGCCUCAGAGGCCGUCUGCGGUGCAGGUGAAGGCGAUAUACGACUUCACCGCAGAGGAAGGCGAUGAGCUCGGUUUCUCAGCAGGAGAUGUCAUUGAAGUGCUGGAUCGCUCGGACGCCUCUUGGUGGAAAGGGAGGCUGCGGGGAAAAAUGGGUCUGUUUCCUGCCAACUACACAUCAGCGCAGCUGUGAGAAGACACCCCAGGCGACACACUUACUCUGCCUACACACAUCCACAGACUUGCUCUGCAGGUGCAAUGGCACUAAAUGUGUGUGGGGUUUUUUUUACACUGAGUCAGUGACUCAUCUAAUCUUCGCACCGAAUGUCAGCACUUCAUCAGCACUCCGGUUUCCAAAUGAGAGAGUCAGUUUGUGUUUUCAGAUCAUAUUCAUAUAUAUAUACAGACUUGUUGAUGCUGUGCUUGUUCAGGUUUUAUUGGACUUACUUCACAAAGGAGCAAAGGCACAUCCUCCAACAGGAGCUGCUGCAGAUGGCAUCUGUACUACAUGUCUGUCAGCAUAUUUAUUUGCUCGUUUGCCUUUCAUACCAAUAAAACGUUUUAAAUAAAAAAAGUUUGUGGAUUUCUCAA